CUCUCACUGUGAGGCGAGCGGAGAAGUUGUGCUAACAGUUUGCUACGCGGCUAAUCGUUAGCACUGUUAACCCACCCACUGCGUCAUGGGACAGUUGUUAUGAGCACCUUUUUUUAAGUUUGUUACAGUAUUUGUUGUUCCGGUUGUGAGAGACACCGCCGCCACAGCGCCAUCUUCUGGCCACCAGUAUGAACUACAGCAAGAACAACCGUUCAUAUAAGAUACAGUCUUGGUAAUGUAAGUGGAAAUGAGAGGAUUAACUCGGACAACAUCACUCGCAUUUUGGAUCGACUUUUGGACGGUUAUGACAACCGACUGCGACCUGGAUCUGGAGGUGGUGUCACAGAGGUGAAAACGGACAUCUUUGUCACCAGCUUUGGACCUGUUUCGGAUGUGGAGAUGGAGUACACCAUGGACAUGUUCUUCCGUCAGAUGUGGGUUGAUGAGCGGCUGAAGUUCGAGGGCCCCACUGAAAUUCUGCGGCUGAACAACAAAAUGGUGGAAAAGAUCUGGACGCCAGACACGUUCUUCCGAAACUCAAAGAAGUCUAUCUCUCACAACAUGACCACGCCGAACAAACUCUUCCGCAUCAUGCAGAAUGGGACCGUGCUCUACACCAUGAGACUGACAAUCAGCGCCGAGUGUCCGAUGAGACUGAUGGACUUCCCCAUGGACGGACACGCCUGUCCUCUGAGGUUUGGAAGCUACGCCUACACAAGCAGUGAAAUCAUGUUCACUUGGAGGAAAGGGCUAAUAGCAUCUGUCGACUGUCCCCCGGAGUCCAUCAGUCUUCUGCAGUAUGAUCUGGUGGGACAGUCGUUGUCCAGUGAGGUUUUCAAAUCCAGCACAGGUCACUACUCUGUGCAGGUGGUCCAUUUCCACCUGCAGAGGAAGCUGGGCUAUUACCUCAUUCAGACUUACAUCCCUCUCAUAAUGGUUGUUGUGCUGUCACAAGUCUCUUUUUGGAUCAACAAGGAGUCUGUUCCUGCACGCACAGUUGCUGGCAUCACCACAGUGCUGACCAUGACCACCUUGAGCAUCAGCGCUCGUCAGUCGCUCCCCAAAGUGGCCUACGCCACCGCCAUGGAUUGGUUCAUCGCCGUGUGCUUCGCCUUCGUAGCAUCUGCUCUCAUCGAGUUUGCAGCGGUGAACUACUUUGCCACCCUACAGGCCAACCGUCUAAAAAGGCAGAACGUUAGACGAGACAAGCUGGAGGUGUUGGCUACGGGCAGUGAGGAUGGCGACACAGUUUCGUUGGACAGCAGCCCUCAGGAAGGCCUGAAGAGGAGAAACCACUCGGUGUGUCGCAGCGAGAUAGAGGCUCCACCGGUGCCCAUCUUCCUCCAGCAGGGCUCGGCUGUUCCUCAAAUCCCGCAGCUGGCCGGCACCAGCCCCAUAGACACGUACGCCCGCGUCCUCUUCCCCCUGACCUUCGCCCUCUUCAACCUAGUCUACUGGUACAUCUACCUGGCCAAGGACACCAUGGAGGGCGCCAGGGACGUGGAACUUCCGAACUAGCCGGACCCAGGGAAGGGGCGCGUGCAGCCGGAGAGAGACCUUCAGCGUCCACCUCACCCUCCUCUGUGUGUGUGUGUGUGUGUGUGUGUGUGUGUGUGAACGAGCUCUCAGCGGUCACCCCGCUCUCAUCCGACAGAGGAAAUGAAUCAGAAACUCAUUUAUUCUCCCGCCGCACAUCUAUUCAUUUCACAGGCUGUGACCACUGCCCACUUGUGUUCUGAUCAGUCGCUGAAGAGCCUCCUGUCACGGGGGCCUCAAUCACUUUAAAGCACACACACACAACAACUUCUCAGGGGCCCCCUCGGACCGACACACACACACACACACACACACACACACACACACACACACACACACACACACACACACACACACACACACACACAUACAGUAUGCAUGACGCUCAGGCACACACAAACCAAGAAACA